AUGAUGCAAAUAACACCUAUACCUGCCUCCGUGGAACCUAAUUUUGAGCUCUUGAAGGAGCCUCUCGUAGAACCAUUAGAACCUCAGGUCGAAAUUGAAACUAGCAACGAAGGCCACAGUGACAUACUCCACGACCUGACAGAAGUAGAUCGUCUUUUCAUAACGAAACGCCUUCGCGUGAAAACUGUGUUGUUCCUACGAGGCAAAAAGAAUAGAUUCUCAGUUAGGUUGCCUGAUAGAAAUCUCGUUUAUACUAUUGAAGAAGAGAACAGUUGGUGGGUUGGUUACCUCUGCUAUGGUCUCCGACCUCUGCAGCUCCGCGUCUUCAACAAUUCUUCGGAAGAGGUGAUUAGGAUUAACCGCCCUUACGCCUGUACGUCGCGGAUAUUUCCCUGUCAACUCCAAAACGUACAGGUAUUUUCGCCUCCUGGUCGAAAAAUUGGAAGUAUUGAACAGCAAUGGGCACCGGUUCGACCCAUCUACUUGGUGCGAAGACAAAACGGGGAUGAAGCUUUUUGGAUACAAGGACCACGGGUAACCAUCAGCUUCUUCAGGGACCUGCAGUUCAGGAUGCAAAGGAUGGACGGGACCCACGUGGGGAGUACUUGCAAGCGUUGGCAGGGUCUUCUACAUGCUAUGUUUUUCGCGCCUGUGUCAGAUCGUUACGGCGUUGCGUUCGAGAGAGAUUUAGCUGUUGAAGAUAAAGCUUUGCUACUCGCCGCUACAUUGCUUAUUGACUAUAUGUAUUACGACGGUUGA